AUGGAGAUAAAAAACCUGAACCCAGCUGUUGCAAUGGAUAGGUUGAAUACAACAUUGAAACCUGGACCUUUCGUAAACAGUCUAUGCAAAAAACCCCCGUUGGAUAUGAAUGACUUGAGGAGAAGAGCUGAAAAAUAUAUGCAAAUGGAGGAAUUAACUGAGUCAAGAAACCAAGCUAGAGCUGAGACCAUGCCUUACAGAAGAGAAAACGAAAAGGAAAGUUACCAAAAGAACAAAAGAGAAGACACUGGAAGAGGUUAUCAAGUGAAAAGACCUCGCUACACCGAGUACACCCCAUUGAAUACAACCAGAACCAGGAUAUUAGAACAAGCCUUGGCAUCAGAAAUUUUGAGCAUUCCCAAAAGAGCCCAUACACCCCCAAGAGCCGACUUAUCAAAAUCAUGUUCGUAUCAUCAAAACCAUGGUCAUUCAACAGAGGAAUGUGCUGCUUUGAAGGAUAAAGUGGAAGAGUUAAUAAAACAGGGACAACUGAAAAAGUACGUCGAAAAUCAAGGAGGAUUCGCAGGGGGAGGAGCAACCUCUUCUGCUCGAAAAAGAUACUUGAGAGCAGUAAAAACAGUAAAUUUUGUAGAAAAAAGGAAAAAGAAGAUGCCCACUAUAACCUUCACCGAUAAAGAUUUCGAAGGAGUAGACCCUGAUCAAGACGAUCCCAUGGUUAUCAGUGUGGAAAUUAACAAUUGCAUCGUUAAAAAGACCUUGAUAGAUCAAGGAAGUUCAGCUGAUAUAUUAUAUUGGAAAACAUUUAAACAAUUAGGAAUUCCAGAGGAAGAACUGAAACAUUAUGACGAACCACUGGUCGGGUUCUCAGGAGAAAGAGUAACAACAAAAGGGUGCAUUGAACUUUAUACUCGCUUCGGUUACGAUCAAGAGGUCUCAAAAAUCAUAAGGAUAAGAUAUAUUGUGGUAAAUGCAAAUACUUCAUAUAAUAUACUGUUAGGGAGACCAUCAAUCAACACAUUAGGAGCCAUCGUCUCAACACCACAUCUAGCCAUGAAGUUUCCGGGAGAAUCACAAAAGAUAAUUACGAUUCAUGCUGAUCAGAAGGUUGCGAGAGAAUGUUAUAUGGAAAGUUUGAAAGUACGGCCGAUGAUAGAAAAAGAAGACAAAAAUAUACAUAUGGUAUCACCAGAAGCUGGGGAAAUGUUAGAUACUACCGAAUUGGACCCACGGUUAGGGAACGAAGACCUCAAAGUGGAACCAAAUGAAGAAACUUUAUCGUUCUGGUUGGGAGAGAAAGAAGGACAAAAUACAUACAUCGGGUCGAAACUCGGGAAGGAAGAGAAAGAAAUAAUACAAGAAGCAGUGAGAAAGAAUAAGGAAUUAUUUGCAUGGGCAGCCGAAGAUAUGCCUGGCAUUGAUCCCACAUUCCAUUGUCAUCGGUUAGCAAUAUGCAAGGAAGCAAAACCAGUAGCUCAACGCAAAAGGAAAAUAGGAGAAGAAAGAAGAAGAGCAGUAGAAACAGAAGUACAGAAGUUGGCGAGUGCACGGUUCAUACGAGAAGUGCAAUACACAACCUGGUUAGCAAAUGUAGUAAUGGUGAAGAAAGCCAACGAAAAAUGGAGAAUGUGUGUGGAUUACACUGAUUUAAAUAAAGCAUGUCCUAAAGAUGCCUAUCCUCUCCCAAAUAUCGACCGACUUGUUGACGGCGCCGCAGGCCAUCAAAUUUUCAGUUUUUUAGACGCGUACUCAGGAUAUAACCAAAUUAGAAUGUACCCAGGAGAUGAGUCUAAAAAUGCAUUCAUAACAGAAUCUGCAAACUACUGCUACAAAGUAAUGCCCUUCGGAUUAAAGAAUGCGGGCGCAACUUACCAAAGAAUGAUGGAUAAAAUAUUCCACAAACAAAUUGGUAGAAAUGUUGAAGUCUAUGUAGAUGACAUGGUGGUGAAAUCAAACAGUGCAAAGGAACACAUCAAAGACUUAAAAGAAGUAUUCAAUGAAAUUAGAAAAUACAGGAUGAGGCUCAAUCCUGAGAAAUGCGUUUUUGGUGUGCAAGGAGGAAAAUUCCUGGGAUUUAUGUUGUCGGUUAGAGGAAUACAAGCAAACCCGGAUAAGUGCCAAAUGAUACCAGAUAUGAGAAACCCAAAAAGUAUAAAGGAGGUACAACAGUUGAUUGGGAGACUCACGUCGUUGUCUCGGUUUAUUCCCAGGUUGUUGGAAAGAACCAAACCAAUAUUGAAAUUGCUCAAGAAGAUUAAAGAAUUUCAGUGGACCGAAGAGUGUGAAGAAACAUUUCAAGCCCUGAAAGAAACCUUAGCAUCCCCUCCAAUACUAACAAAGCCAGAUACGAGCAAGGAACUCAUUGUGUACUUGUCGGUCUCGGAGGAGGCUGUAAGCACAGUUCUAGUUCAAGAAGAAGAAGGUAAACAACAACCAAUAUACUUUGUAAGCCGAACCUUACCCGACGCAGAAACCCGUUAUCAAUUAAUUGAAAAGGCAGCAUUAAGCUUGGUUUAUGCAGGAAGGAGAUUACGUCAAUAUUUUCAGAGUCACAGUAUUGUUGUUAGGACAGAUUGCCCCAUUGCAAAAAUCUUAAAAAAACCGGAGUUAGCAGGAAGAAUGAUGGCAUGGGCAAUGGAAUUAUCAGAAUUCAAUAUUCGCUAUGAACAACGAGGUCCAAUUAAGGCACAGGUAUUAGCUGAUUUUGUGAAUGAAUUGAAUCCAAAAGAAACCAUUGAAGAAGGAUGGUGGAGCCUUCACACAGAUGGAUCUUCGAACAGUCAAGGAAGUGGGGCUGGUAUCAUAUUAGAAGGUCCGAACAAAUGCUCAAUCGAACAAUCUCUUCGGUUCAAUUUCAAAGCAUCUAAUAAUCAAGCGGAAUAUGAAGCUUUAAUAGCCGGUCUUCGGUUAGCCAAAGAAAUGAAUGUGCAGAAAAUAAAAUGUCACACUGACUCAAAAAUAGUCGUGGAACAAAUAAAGGGAACAUUCCAGAUAAAAGAACCACAUCUGUUAAACUACUUUCAUCUUUUUCAGAGAAUAAAAGAUGACUUUGAAGAAGUACAAGUCCAGCAUAUACCACGAAAUGAUAACGAGCGAGCAGACAGAUUAGCCAGAUUAGCUAGUAGCCGAAAACCUGGGCAUUUGAACACUUUGCUCCAACAUGAAUUACAAACUCCAAGUAUAGAAUCAAAAGAGUGUUGUCAGAUAGAGACUGCAGAGAAAGGAUGGAUGGAGGAUAUUUUGAACUACAUGAACAAAGGAGAACUACCACAAGACCCACUUCAAGCUAAAAAAGUAAAAACAAAUGUGGCCCGUUAUGUGCUCAUUGCGGGAGAAUUGUAA